CGGCGGCCCUCGGGCACUGGGUCGCUGCCUCCGGCUUGGCGGCGGUCCCGGGCGGCAGAAGUUGGCGGCGGAAUGUGCUCGGCCGGGCAGCUGCUAGGCGGCGGCGGCGGCGGCGGCGGGGAGCGCGACGAAGACCGAGACGCGCUGGCGGAGCGAGCGGCGGCGGGGACGGAGCAGGAGUCCGGGGCGAGCCCGCGGCGGCGCGGGCGGCGGCCGCAGGAGGAGAGGGAGCAGGAUAUUGAAGAAUCACAAAACCACACUGGCGAGCCUGUGGGAGAUGACUACAAAAAGAUGGGAACACUUUUUGGUGAACUGAACAAAAGCCUCAUCAACAUGGGCUUCACAAGGAUGUAUUUUGGAGAACAAAUUGUAGAACCAGUAAUAGUCAUUUUCUUUUGGGUUAUGCUGUGGUUCCUUGGCCUACCAGCCUUUGGACUAGUUGCUAUUCUUUGCCUUGUCAUUAUUUAUGUGCAGCAGUAAAAUAUGGCCAAAUGAACAUUUGGUUUGACAUUUGGUAGCCAGAUAUGUAAUUAGUGAAGUUAUAUAUUUCACUACAUAAAGGCUGAAAAGUUUGCCUUGUUUCAAAUUGUGUUGUUUUGCAAUUAAAUUUGUAAGUUGAUGUUGUUUAAAAUUAAAUUCAACCUGAUUUCAAGAGAGUUGAAUAUAUAUAGUAGCUUAUUCAUAACUCUUGUUUAACUACUGUGAUCUGUGCCCACUUUUAAAUACUCCUAUCCCAUGCCAAAACUUAAAUAACACCAAAAAGUGAGCAGGGAAAAUAGGAUACAAAAUUCAAAUAAGAUAAUAUAUAUAGAUCUUGUAAAAGCUCUAAUAAAACAUUUUAGAAGAAAAAGGGUGAAACAAGGAGUGAAAAAUUUUAACUGGAGAAUUGCUUCUCACUUACCCUAACCAAAUAAAUCCAUAUCUUCUGGGAAAUAACUUGAAUUUCCAUUGUCCCUGCUCAGCCAAAACUAAUGUAAACGACAACUUCUAUACACUACCUUAAUAUUUUGAUGAAAAUCAGUAAAGCUAGCACAUUUUCUAAAGAUUGUAAAGAAAUACAUUUAUUAUAACUGGGGAAACUUCCCAAGUUAAAUAUAACUUUUUUUUAUAAUGUAAUACUUGGGCUUGGAAUCACUUCAGUAUAUCAUUUGGAGUUUUAGACAGUUUUGGUGCUAAUUCAUUUUUGUGAAUUUUUAAAGUCUCAUAAGCCAGGUCAAUAGUUGACUGUACCCCAUAGUAAAUUAAUAUUUUCCUCGUAUUUUUUCCUAAACAUUUUCAGUGUAUUUUUUUCAGAAAUUUACAUUUUUAUAAUUCUUUUAUAGCGAUUAGUCUAAGAUUUUAAAAAUCUAUUUCCUAUCUUGAUAUGGA